AUGCACACUGCAAGAGUCUUCCAAGCAACUGAUGGAUGCACAGAUUGGUCUGUCGAUAUCAAGAAAUACCAAGUUUUGGUGGGAGAGCCUGUUCGCAUCAAAUGUGCACUCUUUUAUGGUUAUAUCAGAGCCAAUUACUCCCUAGCCCAAAGUGCUGGACUCAGUUUGAUGUGGUACAAAAGCUCUGGUCCCGGAGACUUUGAAGAGCCAAUAGCCUUUGAUGGAAGUAGAAUGAGCAAGGAAGAAGACUCCAUUUGGUUCCGACCAACGUUACUGCAGGACAGUGGUCUUUAUGCCUGUGUUAUCAGAAACUCCACUUACUGUAUGAAAGUAUCCAUCUCACUGACAGUAGGCGAAAAUGACACUGGACUCUGCUACAAUUCCAAGAUGAAGUACUUUGAUAAAGCUGAACUUAGCAAAAGCAAGGAAAUUGCCUGCCGUGACAUAGAAGACUUUUUGCUACCAAGCAGAGAACCUGAAAUCCUGUGGUAUAAGGAAUGUAGGACAAAAACAUGGAGGCCAAGUAUAGUAUUCAAAAGAGAUACCUUGCUUAUAAGAGAAGUCAGAGAAGAUGACAUUGGAAAUUAUACAUGUGAGUUAAAAUAUGGAGGCUUUGUUGUGAGAAGAACUACUGAACUAACUGUUACAGCCCCUCUGACAGAUAAACCACCCAAGCUGUUGUAUCCUAUGGAAAGUAAACUGACGAUUCAGGAGACCCAGCUGGGUGAUUCAGCUAAUCUCACCUGCAGAGCUUUCUUUGGGUACAGCGGAGAUGUCAGUCCUUUAAUUUACUGGAUGAAAGGAGAGAAGUUUAUUGAAGAUCUGGAUGAAAAUCGAGUUUGGGAAAGUGACAUUAGAAUCCUCAAGGAGCAUCUUGGGGAACAGGAAGUUUCCAUCUCAUUAAUUGUGGACUCUGUAGAAGAAGGUGACUUGGGAAAUUACUCCUGUUAUGUUGAAAAUGGAAAUGGACGUCGUCAUGCCAGUGUUCUCCUUCACAAACGGGAGCUGAUGUAUACAGUUGAACUUGCUGGAGGGCUUGGUGCUAUCCUUCUGCUGCUUGUUUGUUUGGUGACCAUCUACAAAUGUUACAAGAUAGAAAUCAUGCUCUUCUACAGGAAUCAUUUUGGGGCGGAGGAGCUAGAUGGAGAUAAUAAAGAUUACGAUGCAUACUUAUCAUAUACCAAAGUGGAUCCUGACCAGUGGAAUCAAGAGACUGGGGAAGAAGAACGCUUUGCUCUUGAAAUCCUUCCUGAUAUGCUUGAAAAGCAUUAUGGAUAUAAGUUGUUUAUACCAGAUAGAGAUUUAAUCCCAACUGGAACAUACAUUGAAGAUGUGGCAAGGUGUGUAGAUCAGAGCAAGCGGCUGAUUAUUGUCAUGACCCCAAAUUACGUAGUCAGAAGAGGCUGGAGCAUCUUUGAGCUGGAGACCAGACUUCGAAACAUGCUUGUGACUGGAGAAAUUAAAGUGAUACUCAUCGAGUGCAGUGAACUACGAGGAAUUAUGAACUACCAGGAGGUGGAGGCCCUCAAGCACACCAUCAAGCUCCUGACCGUUAUUAAGUGGCAUGGACCAAAAUGCAACAAGUUGAACUCUAAGUUCUGGAAACGUUUACAAUACGAAAUGCCUUUUAAGAGGAUAGAACCCAUUACACAUGAGCAGGCUUUAGAUGUUAGUGAGCAGGGGCCUUUUGGGGAGCUGCAGACUGUCUCAGCCAUCUCCAUGGCUGCCGCCACCUCCACAGCUCUAGCCACUGCCCAUCCAGAUCUCCGAUCCACCUUUCACAACACUUACCAUUCACAAAUGCGUCAGAAACACUACUACCGAAGCUACGAGUAUGACGUACCUCCUACUGGCACCCUGCCUCUUACCUCCAUAGGCAAUCAGCAUACCUAUUGUAACAUCCCUAUGACACUCAUCAACGGGCAGCGGCCACAGACAAAAUCGAGCAGGGAGCAGAAUCCAGACGAGGCCCACACAAACAGUGCCAUCCUGCCGCUGUUGCCACGGGAGACCAGUAUAUCCAGUGUGAUCUGGUGA